AAAAUAUCAAUUACAAAGCGUGUACAUAGUUACACGCGUGACGAAUGGGUACAUAGAGCCGUGAGCGGGCAGCGGGUAGCGGUAACAACUCCCACCGCCUGCGCCCGCGCCGCACAUAGCACGCACCACCGCGGCACCGGCCCUCGCUCUACCUACUCGAGCGGGACGCGACCGCGGCGCUCGUCGCGCAACCUGCCCGAGCGCAUCCGACCGAACGGGAAAACAGACAUACACCCGCAACCACACCACAACAACGUUCGACCUUAUCGUCAAAACAUACGAUUGAAAAUGACACAGCAAGAACUUGGCCAGUAUCAACACGCUUCAAAUAGAACGCGACAUGGAAAAACGAAAACGUUUGAAACGAAGCGUUGCGAUUGGCGGACGCGCGCCAAUGGCGACGCGCGGGGCGGUGCGGGUGCGCGCGCGCAUUGCGGCGCUACCGCCGGUCACAUGUCCGCCGACCACGCGCCGCGCCGGACGCUCGCUCGGAUGUGAAGUGUUGUGAUGAUGCUGGGCGGCAUGGACGGCAAGGAGUACGGUGCGCUGCACGCUGCAGCCGCCGCCGCUGGAUAUGCCAUGGAAGCCGAUCCAAGCGCGACGGCCAUGGGCAACCACGGCGUGGGCGCAGGCAGCCAACAAUACGGCGAGGUGAACCAGCUCGGAGGCGUGUUCGUGAACGGGCGGCCGCUGCCCAACGCCGUGCGGUUACGGAUUGUGGAACUGGCGCAGCUUGGGAUCAGGCCAUGCGACAUCAGCAGGCAGUUACGAGUGUCACACGGGUGUGUGUCCAAGAUCCUGGCGAGGUAUCACGAGACCGGCUCCAUAUUGCCCGGCGCUAUCGGCGGCUCCAAGCCCAGGGUCACCACGCCUAAGGUGGUGUCCUACAUAAAGCAGUUAAAGGCGAAGGACCCGGGUAUAUUCGCGUGGGAAAUCCGCGACCGGCUGCUCGCGGACGGCGUGUGCGACAAGUACAACGUGCCGUCGGUGUCGAGCAUCAGCCGCAUCCUGCGCAACAAGCUCGGCGGCGGCGCGCUGUACCCCGUCCCGCCGCUCUACUCCGUGCCGCCGCAGCGCUGCUGGCCGCUGCACCAGCCUUACGACUAUUAUGUUUAUCUCCAGGGCCGUCAGCAUGCAGCGAGCAAUCCGCACGCUCUACCCCACCCACACCAACAGCCGCCCGCGCACCACACGCAUGCGCACGCUCUAUGACAACUACGACCCCCGGGGCCCACUGACCCCCCGUGACUGUUAAAGUGAUCACCAGUGAUAGUGAAGUGAUGUGACUUAUGGAUUUUAAAAGUGCUAAAGAUUCGCGUCUGACAAAAGGCGUGUUUAAAGGUAAAGUGCAAUGUGCCCAGUGCUAACGCAUUUUUGAGGUUAUGUUUAUAUCGGAUUAUUUCUUGUUUAUAUUGUAGUUAGUUUUAAUUGUUUUUCAUGUAAAUAUGCUGCGAAUAAUAUAUUCACAUUCUUGGGGUCAUACGUGUUAAUUAUAAUUUUUAAGUCGCUGUUUAUAAUCUUUUAAAUUGCGAUAAUGUCUCUAUUUCUGUAAUAAUUACUUUAUUCUUGUUUAUUUCUUGCAAAUCUCUUUGAUUAGUGAUGUAUCCCGUUUAAAACAUGUUUUUUUUACUACGCUCACUUUCACAGGGUACUUACCCUAGAAAGAUGUCAUAAAGAAUAAAAUGUUCCACGCUAUUACAAAAUUGUAGAGAGGUUACAUCUUAGACGUUAUUUAAAUAUCCCAAUCGGACGGGUUUCGUGAUGUGAUUUAAAAUAUUAACAAUAAAACUAACAUUUACGAACUAGAUUUAGUUAAAAAGUAUUAUUUUAGUGUAAAUAUGUAAGUAAUAGUUUAUUUGUUUAUAGACAUUAUGUAUUAUAUUAAGGGUAGUUGAAGUUAUGAGCAUUUUAAACUAAUAUAUAAUAGCAGUAUCAAUCAGAUGCUGUCCCGUCGCUGAACCUGCGACGUUCGUAGUCAGACUAUUGCCCGUUGGCUUCCGGUGCUAAUCUAAAAGGGCAAGUUCAGAUGUAAUCUAGUUCUUAGAAUAUGACUGUGAAAUCAAGGGGAUUGUGGGUCUAUCGGCCGAUCUAUUGAUAUUUUGAAAAACUGUGUUUCUGAUGAUUUGCGCACAAUGGUGACUGCCUAUUAUAAUACAUAUAUACUUAUCCAGCAAAUUAUGUAAGCAAUAUCACUCUGUCUGAUGCCACAGAGUAAACAGGCCAGUGUUAGGUUUAUAUUCCGUUUGUAUCUAGUUUGUACAUACGAAAUGCCGAUACUUCGUUCAGGGACAAUAACUAGUUGUAAAUCAACUAUUUCUCACAUACUUCUGUUGGGAACUGUAUUUUAUACGAUAUAUCUUAUGCUGAAUAAGACUUCUAAAGCCACAAACCUGCACGUCCUUCCUUAUUUCAAUUUCAUUUAAGGCCGGCGCUAUAUUAUACGGAUGGAUGAUCGAUCUUAUUAGUCAAGAGCUCGACUAACUAGUUUGGACUUGGACAGUAAAAUUGGACGUAGAUACACAAAAAGGAUCCAGGCUACAAAAUGACACUUUUGAAAUAGUAAAGAUUGAAGUUUAAAUCAUAUUUUUGCUCAUUGAUAUCCUGUUUUAUAUUUUUUUAAUACAAAGUUUAAAUAAACAUAUUUUGACUACGAUAUUUUUAUUAACAAUAUAGACCUUAUAGACUAUAAAUAAUUUGGCGUACUCUGCUCAUUUUCGACCAUACUGUGGGUUGGGUCCUUAUUACGUAUCUACAUCCAUAUAUAGAGCUGCAAUAAAGUCACGUCUCUGUAGUUAUAUAAGUUUUUCCUUUCUCUGAGUUUGGUAAGAUUAAUGUGUACCAUAACUGCUCAUUGGUGUUAAUAGCUUAUGGUUAAUUUAUUAAUGUCUUUCAAUAGCAUAUUAACUGAUUUUAAGCAAUACGGAGCAGUGACGAGUCAGAGUAAAGAAUAGUGCAAACUAGAUUUUUUUUACAUCUUUACUGUACUAUGUAUGCUAAACACUAGAGUAUUUAACCUUUAUGUUUCUGUGUUAUAUUUCAACUUUUUUUAAGCGGAUAAUUAGCCAGGCUAACCAUCGACCUUGUUUCUUUUAUUUUUAAUAAUAAAUUCUCCUCGAAGCUACUAAAACGUAUUGGCAAAUAAUUUCUUAAUAGCAAUCUACUUAAAUACAUAUUUAUAUGAAAAUGUUUUUCAAAACGUAUUAUAAUGUAAAUUGUACAGAAUCAUUUCACAAUUAUUUUAUUUAAUACAAUACUAAACCGUUAACUAUUCAACUUGCUUAUUAUUUUUUAUGUCAUUUUCUUCAUGAAUAAUUAAUUGUAUUUUUACUCUUCGUUCUUAUUUUAUAUCAAAACAAUAAUAAUUUAAUUUGGACUUUGACCGUGUUUGGUCCUCAUUUCUAGAAAAGCCGGCGGAAUUCCAUUUUCAAAAAUUUACAUAUAUUUUCCGUAACGUAUAAAAUUUAGUAUCGUCUUAAAUUGUAUUCAAGGUUACGUAGAAAUAUUAGUGGUAAAUGUCGCGAAACAUUUAAUAUUUUUUCGGUGGCAGAAUUCGGUCAAACCAAACUGAAAUUGUAAUUCGGUUGAAAGCAUUUUAUUAUCACUGAAUGUGAAUAGGCUAUUACCGGCCACAAAUAUCAAUUGUGAUUUCAACACGGAAAUAUAAUUGUAUAUGAAUCUAUUAGUGUAAAAAUGUAUGGUGAUUAUUUAUAAUGUAGUAUGUAUGAGUAGAGGCGAUAACGUGGUGAUAAGUGAAGUGCUAAUAAAUUGGUUUGUUCUAUUA